UAAAUUGGGUUUGUUAUCCGGGUUGUGACUUCUGAAUUGGUUUUACGGGUCGGGUCUGUGUUCGGAUCUAGGCGGCAUGCUCAUGACCCUACCCGGAAUAAAAAGAAUACUCCUCAAAUAAUCCUCCGCCUUGUCCGUCGCCGUCGAAGGAUGAAGAGGCUGAAGGGGUCUAUGCCGACGCCACCGACAACUCCUCCGUCCCCUCGACAUCGGCGAUCCUUGACCAAAACUCCCAAUCCUAUUUCCAGCAAACGAUGCAAUAUUCUUAAAAAUCCUCAACUAUUUCCAGAACUCGCCAUCAAUUGGAAGCCGCUCAACAUUGACAAGACCGAGCUCUACUUGCCGCUCACUUUUCCGACCGGGCAGACGUUCCGGUGGAAGAAGACCGGGCCUUCGCAAUACACUGGCCCGAUCGGGUCACACCUGGUCUCGCUCAAACAACUGGACGACGAUGGCGUGGGAUACCAUUGUCAUUUCACGGAGAACGAGGACAUUGCGAGGAUCGAUCUUUCUGAUUUUCUAAAUUUGGGGAUUUCGUUGAAGGAGAUGUGGGACGAAUUUAGGGCUUCGGACGAGAGAUUUGCGCAGCUGGCACUCUACCUGGAGGGGGCUAGGGUUUUGCGCCAGGAUCCGUUGGAGUGCUUGAUUCAGUUCAUCUGCUCGUCGAAUAACCACAUACAGAGGAUUACCAAGAUGGUGGAUUUCAUUUCGUCCAAGGGGAGGCUUUUGGGGAACGUGGGAGGGUUUGAUUUCUUCGAGUUCCCAACUCUGGAAAGGUUGGCACUGGUAACGGAGGGAGAGCUUAGAGAGGCUGGAUUUGGAUACAGGGCUAAAUACAUUGUUGGAACUGUGGCAGCUUUGCAAUCGAAACCCGGAGGAGGUGUGGAGUGGCUUGCUAGUUUUCGUAAAAUGGAUCUUCAAACAGCAAUCAAUGGCCUCUCUAGUCUACCUGGAGUUGGUCCCAAGGUUGCUGCCUGCAUCGCACUCUUCUCCUUAGAUCAACACCAUGCCAUUCCAGUCGAUACUCAUGUUUGGCAGAUUGCGACAAAGUAUGUUGUCCCUGAAUUGGCGGGUGCUCGCCUGACACCUAAAAUUUGCCAUCUUGUGGCCGAUGCAUUUGUGAGCAAGUAUGGGAAGUAUGCCGGUUGGGCGCAGACGCUGCUUUUCAUUUCUGAACUGCCUGCGCAAAAAGCAAUCUUGCUGCCGAGCACUGAAUCGUCAAACCGAGCUACGGUUCAGGCCGAAGCUGAGACAGUUAUGGAAGCAAAAGCAAAUUUGAAGCCACAAAAGAAAAAGCUUUGCAGAUAAGAACGAAUUCCAUACAGCAAUUUUGAUUGCUCCUAUCUGUGUGAUCUUUGUUGUUUGAUUUAGUUAGUUAUGCAUACAGCCAAGCUAACAGGUUCUUCUUUCUUGUACCUUGAUGAAUUCGAACCAUUCUUUCAAUUGGGCAUUUUUAUUACCUGAGAAA